AUGGCAUCACCACUUGGAAUCACCAUCACACGUGGGAUGAUGGUGCUAAUGCUAAUGAUGAUGAUGAUUCUUUUGUCUGCAUCAUCACUUCUCGCCAAAUCAUUGUCUCGCGAACAAAUUAAACGAUCCGUAUUCAUGAAAGGAAGAUCUCUCAACGAUGAAGAAGGAUAUUUGAAGAGAAUGGCUGAACAUCCUAUUUAUUCAAAACAACCAGUUUCGAUUGAAGGGAAAGGACCAGUGAUGAGCAUGGAUCAAAAUCCUUUCGCUCAUUCUGGAUUUUUCACAGUCAACAAGACAGUGGGUGGACAAAUGUAUUACGUGUUCUUUGAAGCACAAGAUGGAAAUCCAAAUGCUCCAAUUAUUUUGUGGUUGCAAGGUGGACCAGGUUGUAGCAGUGCUACUGGAAUGCUCAUUGAGUUAGGCCCAUAUAGAAUUAAUAAGAAGACUUUGGAAUUGUAUCCAAAUCCAAACACUUGGAACAAACAUUAUCAUUUGUUGUUUGUGGACAAUCCUCUCGGAGCUGGUUUUUCACACAUGCAAAAUCCACAAGGUUAUAUUCACAAUGAGGAACAAAUGGCUAAUGAGCUCUAUUCCUUGUUAACACAAUUCUUUGAAAUGUACAAGCAAUAUCAACCAAAUCCAUUCUAUGUUUUUGGUGAAAGUUAUGCUGGAAAAUACGUUCCUUCUAUUUCAUACAAGAUUGCAAAUGAAGGUUUCAAGAUUAAUCUUCGUGGAUUUGGAAUUGGUGAUGGAUUGACACACUCAUUGGUACAAAUGACCAACUAUGAUCAAUACGCAUAUUCAUUGGGUCUUAUUGACAGUAAGCAACAAUUAGAAAUUCAAAAAUUGCAAGACAAUGUGAAAUCUUUGAUUCUUCAAGAACGAUGGUUUGAAGCUACCCAUGCCUGGGACUCUAUAAUGUCUGCUUUAAACAAUUUCACAGGAGGAAUUAAUGUUUAUGAUGUUCGCGAGUAUGGAGAUUACGAUUUUAACUAUUUUUUGGCUUUCCUUAAUCUUCCAUCGACUAAGACACUCAUGCACACUGUUGGAAUUCAAUAUAAUGAUUGUGAUGCUCAAGCUUAUAGUGCUUUAUAUGCUGACAUGUCCAAAUCUGUCAAGUACAAGGUUGAAAGUUUGUUAAAUAGAGGUGUGAGAGGUAUUCUUUAUAAUGGACAAGUAGAUUUGAUUAUUAACAUGGUUCAAACCAAGUGGAUUGAAGAAAUGAAUUGGAAAUUCUCUUCAGAAUUCUAUAAUGCUGCUCGAAAGCCAUGGACUCUCAAUCAGAAAAUUGUUGGUUAUGUGAAACAAUAUCAAAAUCUUUACAAGGUUGCUGUGAACAUGGCUGGCCAUCUCUCACCAAUGGAUCAACCUGAGGCAUUGUAUGACAUGGUGACUCGAUUCAUUGAAAACAAACCUUUUUAA